AGAUUUAGAACAUUCUUGAUAUUUUUAGAAUUAAUCACAUGACUAUUAUUAGCGCCCUAUAAAAGCGCCUGUUGGCGCAAAAGCGCACUUAUUGACGCUUAUACCUUUUUAGGAAAAUUACAUUGAUUUACAUUUGUUAGUAAAAAGAACUGAAUAAUUUUAUAUACACUCAAAUAAAUACUUGUAAACACGUGGAAAAUGAAAAUAAAUAUUAUAUCAGAAAAAGGUAUAUUUCAUGUAAUUGAUUUUGUCGAGGGGAGUCCAGACUAUACAUCGUUGGUGUCAGAAAUCAAAGAAAAUUUUCCUCAUAUACAGAGGUACACUCUUCAAUGGAAAGACAGUGAUGGAGAUAUGAUUACGCUUUCCUCCCAAGAAGAGCUGAACGAAGCGAUUACCUAUAGAACACAGGAGGAUCUCAAUAUCUAUAUAACAGAAUUCUCUGACGAAAAUUUGAGUGGGUUGUACGGUACAGAAGAGAUUGGUUUCAACAGAGGUGAUAGUAUCACACAUCACAAUACACAUCAAACAAAUCCACGCUGGGACAGAAUAAAAUGUUGUAAAAGAGCGGAAGCAGUAACGGAGGAAACUCCAGAUAGCCUGCCGGAUUUCUUUUCAACAUCUAGAGUUCCGUGUAAAAUCAAGAGACGUCUGAAGCGGGGCGACAGGAAGCGUCUUCGUCAUCGGUUUCCAGCAACCACGUGCUAUCCACGUCACAGAAAUGGCGGGAGGAAACGUCUGCGUGAUGUAAAUAAAUCACUAGAAAACAUGUCCAUUUCAUGAUCUACAUUGCGUUGAAACAGAGUUGUAGUUGAUGAUUUAUUACUCAAAACUUGUAGCUGAUCGGCAGUGCAUGCAAUGCCUGGAAUAUCAUAUUUUAGUUUCAUUAUUGAUGUUUCAAAUGUAUUUUAGACAAAAUAUUAAAUAAAUGCAGAAUUCCUA